UGAACAUUGACCAAGAACCACUUUAGCGUUUUUAAUUGUUGUUAUUUAGACGUUUAUUGACAUACUGAACCAAAACAAUUAAUCAUAACAGCAUCACAUUACCCCAGGUAGCGUUUAAUUUGCGUUGGAGACUGGACUUUGUUAAUCGAUGUUAUCUAGGUAAAGCUAGCUAACAAUGGCUAACUGUAUGGUUUUUCACACUCAAAUAGCCUCCAUCAUGGAGGUACUAGCGAAUGCAGCCGUGGCAGAGAUAUGUAAACUCGUAGACGACGACUAUUCAGUGUUUCGUUUGGAAAUGUCUCAAAGCCAGAAAGAAAACAGGGUAUUGCGGAGGAAGCUACAGCUAUUCGAACUGAAGGUGGCACGGGAGCGCGCAGAGCGCGUCCUUGCCAGUCGUCCCAGUAGUGUCAAGAUCCUCGACCGAUACAAAGGAAUCGCAAGAGGUGAAGGACAUCUCACUGGAGGCCACAGGAGCUUCGUGAAACCAGCGGGACACAAUACAUGGAGAGAUGACCAACCAAUAACUAUUGAUGAGGGAAGUGGAACCUCAACCCAGCGAGUUAUCGUGAUAGAGUCUGCAGAAGCUGCAGGUCCAGGAGGAUUGUCUCUGGUGAAACAAGAGAGGACUGAAGAAGAGGACCCACGACACAGCAGAAGCACCCCUACUGGUGUAACAUCUGGAGUGGCGUCCCCUGUAGCCACGGAAGACCUAUCCACCGCUGCUGCGACCCAGCCCAGGACACGAUGCAGCAUCACGGAGGUCAGUGGAACGCUGAACGCCGUACUCAAGUCAGACACAGAUACUUCAACUGUAACACAAAGGCUUUUACAAGACGGAUCAUCUGACCACAGGUCAGACGCAGAGGGACUGGGGCCGGGGAGACUGGGCUGUACUGCUGCUACCGGCUCAGAGUAUUUACUUUACGGUAAUCGAAGCCCAAGGAUGGUUCAUUCCUAUCGGGACUCCGGUGACGCGUUAGAGACUGGCAAUGAUCCAUCUUGUUCUUAUACUACAGAGAUGGACCCUGGCAACAUGCCCUUGGGUUUAGAGGCACAGACUACUCUGUCUAGAGGGGACUGGAACCGGUACAGUAGUAGUGUAUACUCUGAAGGGUGCCUAGAUAAGAAAGGGGAGGUUAAAGUGGUAGAUGAUGGGACUGUGAAAGUGGAGGCCGACGCUCCUCCCACAUGGAAUGCAGAUAGUCACCUAGGAGACAGACAAUCACAGGGCAGAGAUUUUUUAGAUUACAGUGAAAACUUAGAGACAAAUCCAAAUGUCACAACCAACUCCCCUUUACACACGCUCAGAGAUCGCGACCCAGCGUCCAUGUCAUUGGGGCCUUCUGAUUCACAUGGCCAUGUCUUUUUCGAUCAGGUAUUGAACUCAAACGACAGGGCUAGAGGCCAGGUUCAGGAAGGGGGAGCCACAUCUGGCAGUAGUAAAGAGAAACGAUUCUUCUGCAUGUUCUGUAACAAAGGCUUCAGCUGCCCCCAGAAGGUGGAGAUCCACCAGAGGGUCCACACAGGGGUGAAACCCUUCAGCUGUACCCAGUGUCACAUGCGCUUCGCCCAGGCUGGUGACCUGAAGAGGCACCAUAGGGUCCACACAGGGGUAAAACCUUUCAGCUGUACCCAGUGUCACAUGCGUUUUGCCCAGGCUGGUGACCUGAAGAGGCACCAGAGGGUCCACACAGGGGAGAAACCGUUCGGCUGUCACCUGUGCCGUGCUAGUUUCUCCCACUCAUCCAGCCUGAAGAGGCACCAGAGGGUCCACACAGGGGAGAAGCAUACAGCUGCCCCCAGGUCGAGAAGAGGUUCUCCCACCAGCACCAGCUGAAGAUGCACCUGAAGGUCCACACGGGAGAGAGGCCAUUCGCCUGUACGCACUGCAGGAAGAGGUUCUCAGAGAGACCAUUCAAUGCGUGGGUGGUUUGAAUAAAAAAAAAUCAAACAUUUGGGGGGGCAUUUGAAAUCACUAAAACCAAAUGGGAACUGUAGGAAUGAUAAUGGAGCUAAAUUGAUGGUCUCCUCACUCAUGUCCAGCUUGCUAACAGGCAUCGAAAUGAAAUCUAGACCGUUUUUGAGCAUCAAUUUAUUUAUUUUUAAAAGGGGAAAAAUGGCAAAUUUAAAAAAAGUCCUGACUCAUUGUUUGACUGUCUGUCAAAGGGAGAGAGAGCUAGAGCCAGAGCUACAUCACCAUAGCUACUGAUGCAUGCAUGUUAUUGAAAUGUGAUUAAUGCUCACUGUCCAAUUUUUCCUUGGGGUAGAUCAAAUGUGUUAUUAUUACAUGUAUUAUAAGCCUGCAUUUACAAAAUCGGUAGACUAAUGACAAUCAUUUACAAAAUGAUGCAGGGGAUUUUGUUUGUAAGCCAGGGCCAAAUUGCCUUCCUCAAGCGAGAAAGAUAAUGUGGUAAUGCAGGCUAAUUUUAUGCAAUGGAAAAGCAUUCUAAUAGCCGUGCAUCAAAUAACCUACUCCUUGAAAGUCAUGUAUUGAUUAUACACUGAGUUUACAAAACAUUGGAGACACCUGCUCUUUCCAUGACAUAGACUGACCAGAUGAAAGCUAUGAUCCCUUAUUGAUGUUACUUGUUAAAUACACUUCAAUCAAUGUUGAUGAAGGGGAGGAGAAGGAUAUUUAAGCCUUGAGACAAUUGAGACAUGGAUUGUGUGUGUGCCAUUCAGAGGGUGAAUGGGCAAUACAAACAAUGUAGAUGCCUUUGAAUGGGGUUUGGUAGUAGGUGCCAUUAGCAGCAGUUUGGGUCAAGAACUGCAACACUGCUAGGAUUUUCACACUCAACAGUUUCUCGUGCGCAUCAAGAAUGGUCCGCCACACAACUGUGGGAAGCAUUGGAGUCAACAUGGGCCAGCAUCCCUGUGGAACGCUUUCGACACCAUGUAGAGUCCAUGCUCUGACGAAUUGAGGCUGUUCUGAGGGCAAAAGGUGGGGGUGCAACUCAAUGUUAGGAAGGUUUUCUUAAUGUGUUGUACACUCAGUGUACAGUAUAUAGCAUACUUGAUGAAUGAUGAUCACUGCAAUCAACAGCUGCAGUGUUGCUCAUUGGAUUACCCCAUAUCAUGAAAUAGGCUAUGUGAAAGUAUAUAAAGACAAAAGGCGAACACAUGGAAUUAUUUUUAUUUGGAUGGAUGGUUGGCAUUACAAAGGUAAGCAGAUAUUUUCUUAUUUAAAUGUGGGUGAAACUUUUCUUCUGUAUACAUUUGUCAAGCUCGUUAUGUGUUCUUUCGCGCACAGCACCCUCGUCUGAAUGGGCUUGUGCUUGGUAAAAACCUUAGACUAUUUAUGCAAUAAGACCUGAGGUGUGGUAUAUGGCCAAUAUACCACGGCUAAGGGCUGUUCUCCGCACGACGCAACCCCGAGU